AUGUCGACAUGUGUCUGCCUGCGCCUACCUAUGUCUAUAUUACCGACAUCCACUCUAUCUGACAGUAUACUAAAUUUCACCGAAGUCUACAAACAUCAAGUCGAUCAUAUGCAACUUCUACCGAAAUAUCAGAUUUUCGCAAUUAUCGUGCUUCUUAUCUACCUUAUCCCUUCAAUCACAUUCGUCCUCUCCGUAACCUUAUCAUCUACAUCCACGGCGCAGUGCCAUACGUUAUCAUCAUAUCAUCUUUUGUUCUUUUGCGGAGACCACCCUUCGCCGUCCCACCGAACUCUACGCAUAAUCUAA